AUGUCCAUCUUUGACGAGAAGAAAGGCAACGGCGGGUAUGCCGCAUCCACAGCAACAAAUGAAAUCAUCGUCAGUGAGGCUGACUAUGAUUACAAGAACGACUUUCAAGAUGUGGAUCGAUCCAAUGCUGGGUCUGCUAAAACAGCAUACUACAACGUUGUUUGUGUGAUUGCUGGUACCGGUACCCUUGGUUUGCCAUUUGCCCUUCGUCAAGGUGGUUGGAUUGGUAUUCUCAUCCUCUUUUUGGCGUGGUUCAUGUCCACUUACACUGGUGUCAUCCUUAUUCGUUGCUUGUACGCCAAAGGAAACCGACGUCUCUCAAGCUACAAAGAUGUAGCUACAGCCUCGUUUGGUGCUAUUGGUGGCUGGAUCGUUUUCUUUUUCAAUGCAUGGAUCCUUAUCGGUGCUCCCGUUUUAUACAUGGUGUUGUCGGGUAGCAAUCUUCAACACUUGACAGCGCAUACCGCUGGUGCUAUUGGUGAUAUCCCAUGGACCAUCAUCUCUUGUGCUGUUGUAGCCAUCCCAUUUGUGUUUGUAAAGAGCAUGAAGGAAAUGGCAUGGAUGAGCGCAUUUGGUGCCGGUGCAACUUUGGUUACCGUCUUGAUUGUUCUUGUGGUUGCAUGUAUCGACAAGAAGAGCUUACCUCCUGUUCACCAUGACAACGUCAUUUGGGACCAAUUCCCUAUCGCCUUAUCUACCAUUUCAUUCAGCUUUGGUGGUAACGUCAUUUAUCCACAUGUCGAAAAGUCUAUGCGUCGUCGUCAAGAUUGGCCAAAGGUGGCAGCUGCUGGUUUGGCUACAUGUGCUCUCAUGUACUUUUUGACAGCAAUCCCAGGCUACUACAUUUAUGGUGAUACCGUGCAAAGCCCUAUCUACAACAGCAUCCCAGAAGGCGUUCCUCAAAUCAUUGCCAUUGUGCUUAUGACUCUUCACGUGAUGUUGGCUGCUCCCCUUUUGCUCACCUCGUUUGCACUUGAUGUUGAAGAAAUGCUCAACAUCACAGUUGAACGAUUCGGCCGUGUACUUGAAUUCGUUAUUCGUUGCAGCUUGCGUAUCGGUAUCAUGGCCGUCGUUGGUGUUAUUGCAUGCACUGUGCCCCACUUUGAUUUGCUUAUGAGCUUGAUUGGCUCCUUCUCCAACUGUGGUUUGAUCUUUAUCUUCCCUGUGGUAUUCUACUUGCGUCUUACUGGUUUCCGCAACAAACCCAUCUAUGAGCUCGCCUGGUGCGCUCUUAUCGUUUUGCUUGGUAUUGUUGGUCUCGUGUUCGGUACCAUCGAUUCCAUUAGAGGUCUCAUUAAGGCUUACCAAUAA